GAACAGUUUAUCAUCGCCUAUUCUACAAAAAGGAGGAGCGACCGACGCACGGUCGCUAUCAGCACAUGUUCUAGUCAUAACUACUCGUAGUAGAAACAGUUGGUGACGUUUUGUGAUUGAAAUAAAACGAGGAAAUUAUGGCACCGCCUGGGGUGGGCAGUUCUUCAGAGAAGCSCCACAAUGACACAAUGAGUGCAGAUGAAAGGGACAUUGUGGUCCUGGAUGGGGGCUUCGCCACUCAACUGAGCUGUCACGUGAGUCAGCAGAUCGAUGGUGAUGUUUUGUGGAGCGCCCGGUUUUUGGCCACGGAUAAAGAAGCUAUCAUUGACGCACAUUUGGAUUUUCUUAGAGCUGGAGCUGAUCUCGUUAUAACUAAUUCGUACCAAGCUAGCAUUGAGGGCUUUAUGGAACAUCUUAAACUUACUAAAGAGCAAAGUUAUGAACUUAUUAAAGAGUCGGUGCAACUUGCAAGAGUUGCCUGUCAAYGGUACAAUAAAGAGUUUCCUAAUUCGCCCCCUCCAAUGGUUGUAGGUAGCGUAGGACCUUACGGUGCGUCCUUACAUGACGGAUCUGAAUAUACAGGGUCUUAUGCUAAAAGUACUCCCGCUGAGACAAUGAGGGAGUGGCAUAUACCUCGAAUUCGGGCUUUAGUGGAAGCAGGAGUCGAUUUGCUGGCUCUUGAAACUAUCCCUUGCAAAAUUGAGGCCGAAAUGUUAGUAGAAUUGCUCAGAAAAGAAUUCCCAAACACCAAAGCCUGGCUCUCAUUCAGUGUUCGGCAAGAUGGCAAAUCCUUGGCUUACGGUGAGAGUUUUCAAGAAGUGGCUCGCUAUUGUUACGACUUGAACCCGCAACAGUUGGUAGCAGUGGGUGUCAACUGUGUGGCUCCCCGACUCGUCGAAUCGCUCAUUUCCGGGAUAAAUAAAGACAGGAAAAAUCCGGUUCCACUAGUCGUGUACCCUAACAGUGGGGAAAGUUACAAAGUUGAGCUCGGGUGGAUUGACCGAGACAAAUGCGAGCCGGUGGACACUUACGUCCAAAGAUGGCUCGACCUUGGAGUCACUUGGGUCGGGGGCUGUUGCCGGACCUACGCCACUGACGUAAACCGAAUACGUCAAGAAGUGGAAAAGUGGAGACGAAAUAAAGCGAAAAAAAGUCACCAAAACGGAGAGUGUACACAAAAAUAAUACAAGUGCCAUAAAAACUAUAUUUUGUAAAUAAAUCUAUAAAAGUUA